AUGACGGCGCACAGUUUCGCGCUGCCGCUCGUCCUCUUCUCCGCCUUCUGGGGCCUCGUGGGCAUCGCCGCCCCCUGGUUCGUGCCCAAGGGGCCGAACCGCGGGGUGAUCAUCACGAUGCUG